AUGGAAAGGGAGAGUAAAGACACCGAUUUUAUUGACUCCUGCCAAACAGAAAUUUUCAAUAAAUGGUGGGAUGAAGACAGUGUCACUAAAUUUUACCCUCGAGACGAAAAAAUGCAAAAACAAAUUAAACAGGAUUUCAAAUCACUCAUUAAAUGGAUCGCUUCAAUCAAGGCACCAGUUUAUAAAGAAAAUAUGAAAUUCUACGAUGUCCAAUUUGAGACAUCUGGACAUGAUUCGAAAUUACAUGUAAAGCAUACUGACACAGAAGAAAUGGUCGAAUUUCCCGUCGGAGACGUAGCUAAGCACAUGAUAGUCUUUGCCAAGAUGCUUGCUCGUCAGACAGAUGACCCAAAAACAGGAGUUGGGGCAAUUCUUAUGGACAAAUUAAAGAAGGAAAUCGUGGGUUUGGGAUGGAAUGGAUUUCCAUCGAAAGCUUUGUAUGCAGAAUUCCCACGCGCCUCGGAUAAAGAUGCCUCGGAUAAAGAUACCUCGGAUAAAGAUACCUCGGAUAAAGAUACCUCGGAUACCAGUACAAGAGAAAAAAAGUACCCUUUUGUAAUCCACGCCGAACAAAAUGCUUUGAUGGUGAGAAAUGAAAAGGACUUGAAAGAUGGAAUCCUCUUUGUCACGAAAUGCCCUUGCAAUGAAUGUGCACCUUUGGUUAAACUAAGUGGUGUAGAAACGAUAGUCGUAGGGGAGCACCUUGAAGAUCGAAAAGAGGGCGACUCUGCACUGAAUUACGAUAAAGUGAGAAAGUACGUCAAGGAUGGAGAACUCCAAUGCAUCGAAAUGAGAAAAGGUGAUGCUAGUGAAUAA